UGUCAAUUCAACAAAUUUCAAUCAACUUCGCAAGCAUUAUUUUAUUUCCUUUAAUGUUAUUUCUUGAGAUGAGAAUAAAUUUACGUAAAAAGUAGUCUAACAUUCUCAUAAAUCAACAAAACAUCUUGAAACAAUGGCCAAAGAAAGCAAUAUGUCGUUGUUUCAUGAUGUAUUGGAGCCGUUUAGAAGAGUAAUAAAUACUGAUCCGCCAAAAGACAAGUUAUCGGCGUCUUCAAAAUUAAAUUUAUCUAAUAGUGAUGUUUCCAUUAAAGAAAGUCUAUCUAACCUAUUAUCAACUAAACGAAAAUCUAGUAUGGAUACAUCUGAAUUGUUAACACCAGAGAAACGUCCUCGCACAGAGUCUACAUCGACCAAUUCACCGGUACCACCUUCACCAUGGGAGGCUAAGAAAAUGAAAAUAGAUUUAAUUGCUGCCAAAGCUCAGAUUACUAAGUUGGAAGCUCGUGUCAAUCAUCAACACUCAAUACGAAAGGAAAUGCAAAUAUUGUUUGAAGAGGAAAAAGCAUCAUUGAUGGAUCAGCACAAAAGAGAUGAGAAAGCAUUAGCUGAUAUGGAGGAAAGAUUACAAGUGAUACGUAGAAGAGAACAGGAAUUAAGAGAAGAUCAUACUGCUGCUGUAAAGGAAAACAUGGAGAACAAAACAAAAUGGGACAAAGAAAGGUUGGAACUACAGAAGCAGAUAGCAGAUCUUAAAGACAAAUUGUUGGAGGCUAAUGUUAGCAGCAGGAAUCAGGUCUCGGAGAUGAAGAAGGACAUGAAUGAACUGCUACAGGCUUUAGAGGGUGCACAAUCUGAAGUAGAAUUGCUAAAGAAGGAAGUCGCUCGACAGACCAGUCGGGCAGAACAAUGUAUUGCUUUGAAGACACAGUUGGAUAAGCAAACAUUUGAGUUGCAACAAGUUAAUAGUAAAUUGAAGGAUUUGGAGUAUGAGAGAGAUUGUUACAAAGACUGGCAACAACAUGCAAAGACUGCACAAAAACGUCUCAGUACAAUGGCUGAUUUAGAAAAAGAAGUAGUUAGAUUGAGAGCUGCUGAACGCACACUACGAGAUGCGGUCUGUAAUAAGUUACUGCUAGAAGAACAAGUGAAUGUGCUCACCGCAAAAGUGGAGGCGCUGCAGCCAGUACAGCAAGAGUUACAUGAGGCAAAGGUGAAAGUGGCACUGCUAGAGUCGUCUUUAGAGGAGUGGAUGAGUGCUGCGAAGGCGCACGGCGUUGAAACUGCUCGCGCGCUCAGCGCUGCGCUCGAGUCAGCGUUCGCGGGCCAGCUCACCGCUGUUGUUAACUGUUCUGAAGCAAAAACACAAAUGGCACAACUCACUGAGGAAGUGGCAACAUUGAAGUUUGAGCGCGACAAGGCGACGACGAAGCUCAACGAUAUAAUGUCAGUGCGCAAGAGCCAGGAGAGUCUCAUACACAGGCUGCAGAAGCGAUUGCUUCUCGUCACGAGGGAAAGAGAUAGUUAUAGACAACAGUUGGAUUGCUACGAGAAGGAGCUGACGGUGACGCUGUGCGGGGAGAGCGGCGCUGGGAGCGCGGCGCUGCUCUCCGCUCGUGUGGAACAGCUGGAGAAGUCUCUGCAGGGUUACCGGGACCUGCUCGCAACCCACGACCAGGAGGCGCAUGCUAAACUUGUGGAAAGCUUGCGUGCGGAGGCGAGCAAGUACCGCGAGGAGGCGGAGUCGUCGCGGCGGGAGGCGGGCAAGUUGCGUGCGCAGCGCGACCAGCUGCAGGCCCACCUCGACCGCCUCGUACAGACACCGCAACCAACUACUAAAAUCCUUCAUCUUGUUGAUAACCCCGCAGCUGCUGCGCAUAAGCAGAUGCAACUUGAUAUGGAGUCUGCGCAAGAAGAGAUUAAAAGGUUAAAAGCGGCGCUCCGUGAAGGUGGUUCGGACGUGUGUCCCGAAGAAAUGCAACAACUGAAGCAACAGCUAGAAAACAGUCGAAUAAAACUGAAGAGAAUGAAGGAGGAGUUCACAUCGUCGGCCCAGGAAUAUAGAGAUGUGGUUUAUAUGCUACUAGGCUACAAAAUAGAUAGGACAGGACAUAAGAAUUAUAGAAUAUCAAACAUGUAUGCGGAGUCAGCGGAGGAAUAUCUUACAUUCACACUUUGUGAUGAUGGUAUAGAAAUGGUUCAUACAGAAUACUCGGCUUCACUAAAUGAGUUGGUGGAACUACAUCUGCAUCAUCACAGAUCUAUACCGCUGUUCCUCAGUGCGCUAACUAUGGAACUGUUCACACGUACCACCAUGCAGCAAGAUAUACAGUGAAUAAAGUGUUAAUUAAGUUAUAUGGUGUUCUAAAGUGUCAAAAAUUGUUGCAAAAUUAAUGGUGGUGUUGUAUCUGAAAAACUCAAGUUAUAUUCAUAAGGUACUCUCUUAAACUAUUUAGAAGAUACGUACAUUUUUUUAUUACGAUAUUUGGUAUUAAAUGUAAUAAUUAAGGUCAUUCUUCCGUACUUUGUAUUAAAAUAGCUUUUAUGGUGCAACAAAUUGUGCACAACUAUAAUAGUUAAAUAUGUAGAAAAAACUAUUAGAUAGAUAAAAUAGUUUUACAAGUCUUUUAUUUUAAAGCGAGAAUGAAUUUGUAUCUCAACUUAUGGGUUGUGGAAAAUUUCUGUUGAAUAAAUGCAACACUUUAAAAUAACUUUCAUUAGUUGAUGGGUUGCACAAGCAAGGUGUUGACUUAUUUUAUGCACCUCCUUGUCUAUUUGUAUGUCCUAAUAAAAAUAUAGUUUGUCAUAACCUAAAAAUAUUUUUUGCAUUUACAUUUUAUAGAUAUUAUACAAUAUUUUUGUGUAAGACAUCACUUUUUGUAAAUACCAAAAGUUGUUCCUCCUUUACUUUCGAUAUGCAAUCUUAAAGUAAAUUGUAAUGUAUAUUUUGUGUUUAUAAAUCCAGUGAAGUUAUUUCUGUGAGAGCAAAUGUAUCUUUGUCACUGAAAUAAUUUCUUAGGUGGCAAUUUUGAUAAUAGCAAAACGUUUUAUAGCUCCGUAAACAGGCGUAGGACAGCUAAUUAGCUAUUAUUAUUUUUAAUUUGAAACUUGUGAUUAAAGUUGAAUCCUAUUCCACUUAAUAAUAACUUCAUUUUAAUACCUGGAAAAGAUUUAAAUGUCUUUUGUUUAUUUUUUGUAAUCAAGAAUCUGUACUCUUUCUAUUUUUAUACUUUAUAGAUGUUAAAUGAAUAUGUUAUAAAAUUUUGUACAACAAAGGAUUGUAGAAAAGCUUCCAACAAAAAUAGAAAAGGACAUAAAAUAAAAUUGAUUGGGCCUUUAUACUUAUAUCGCUGGACGAAAUUACUAAAUUAUUUUCACUUACAAUAUUGUCCAAGUCUAGUAAGUCUCUAGUUAGACUAAGCUAAACUACACCGUAAUAUUUUUGUUUCAAUAAUAUAUUUGAUUAAUGUAAAAUGUAAAUAUAGAACUUUAAAAACUUAAGAAGCUAUUUUUAAAUUUCAACUGUUGAGGUGGUAAUUUGACUAAUUAAAGAAGAAAACCUGUAAGAGAUGUUCACAUAUCUUUUAAAAUGCGCCGAAAUAAGAAUUAAUGUAA